AUGCGCAAGGUGGGCGGGGGUACCAGGGACGAGGAUUUGUCAGAAGUGCCGCCGGGCAUGGCGGACCGCAAGGGGGCGGACGCCGCGAAGCAUUCCCAUUCCAUUCCCGCGGCGUCUUUCCCUACGCACAACUCGCCGAGGACCUGGUUCUUGACGACAGCCCUCUCGCCGCUCAUCAUCAGGCUCAUCAGACUGCUCCUGGGCCACGGUGACUAUGUCGUCGCUUGUCUGCCGCCGAGCGAGAUUGAGGACGACGGCCGCAGCGCCGAGUUCAGAGACUUGAUCAAUGAGUGUAAGAGUAACCGUAAGGACCGCGAAGGGUGGAAGGACAGGAUACGGGGUAUCCGCUGCGAUGGGCGCGUCAUGGGCCAAUGCGGCGCCGCCGUGGCCGAGGCCGUUCAGGUAUUUGGGAGGAUCGACAUCCUCCUCUGUUGCAAAUCCGAAGCCGUCGUGGGGAGCGUGGAGGAGCUAUCCACGAAUCCUCUAACACAGAACCUAGUCCGCGACCAGUUUGAGACAAUCUUCUUCUCACAGGUCAAUUUCAUCAAGGCCGCCCUGCCACUCCUACGCUCACAGCACACGGGACACAUCAUCAUCCUCUCCAGCACGGGCGGCCACAUCGGCACGCCCGGGAUGCCCAUCUACACAUCCGCUAUCUGGGCCCUCGAAGGCUUCUGCGACUCCCUAGCCUACGAGAUUGCCCCCUUCAACAUCAAAGUCACCAUCGUGCAGCCCAACAAGGAGAUCCAAUCUCUCACCAACAAGAUCAUCUUCGCGCCGCAGCUGCCGUGGUACGACGCCGAGGUCAACCCGGCGCCCAGCGUCCGCGACAUGCUUGGCAACGUCCUCAACAUGAACCCGGACACCGCCGUGCCCGACCUCAACGAGACCGAGGAGGUCCAGGUGCGGUACCCGAAGCUGCCGCCCAGCGCCACCGAUCGACUCGUCUUGGAGACGGUGCACGCCCUGACGGCCAUUGGCGGGCACGAGAACCCGCCGGCGAGACACAUUGUCGGCUUCGAAGGCGCUACCGCGGUCAAAGAGAAGCUCAAGACGGUGACGGAGGAGCUCGAGGACUUUGUGGACGCGAGUCUGGCCGUUGACAUAUUCGAUAGCGAGCUCAAGGCCGAGGCCAAGGAGGGAAAGACGAGGGAGUCUACGCCGCCUGCGCCCGCGUCAACCGCAUCAGGCUGA